AUGCAGCUAUUCGAAAUUGCGCUCAUAGCCUUUGUUUCUGUGGUUGCCGCGUUGAUAGUAUUGAGCUGUCUUUCCCCAGGGAGCCAGGAAAAGAAACAGACUACAGAUCCCAACGCUAUGCUAAGGGCAACCACUUCUUCAGUUCAUCAACGAGCUUAUCGUGUCGUGGGAAAAGGUCAAACUGCCAAGAACAGUGCAACCAAAGAUGGUCAGAUGGUUGUCUAUGCAGGAGCAGGUGCUGCUGUGGCCGCUGCAGCCGUUGUAGCCAGUACAGGUGGUUGUGGUGGUGGUUGUGGCGGUGGCGGUUGUGGGGGCUGCGGAGCCUUUGCUUCUGUGGUUGCCGCGUUGAUAGUAUUGAGCUGUCUUUGCCCAGGGAGCCAGGAAAAGAAACAGACUUCAGAGCCCAACGAUAUGCCAAGUGCAACCACUUCUUCAGUUCAUCAACGAGCUUAUCGUGAUGUGGAAAAAGGUAAAACUGCCAAGAGCAGUGCAACCAAAGAUGGUGAGAUGGUUGUUUAUGAAGGAACAGGUGCUGACGUGGCCACCGCAGUGGUUGUAGCUGGUACAAGUGGUUGUGGCGGUAGUGGUGGUUGUGGUAGCGGCGGUUGUGGAGGAUGCGGAGGUUAA